GGGAUGGUAGUAGCUGGGAGAAAUCCACUGAGAUUGCCCAACUGCUGAACUGAGGUUUAGUGGUUCAGACAUUGCCUGAAGAGCUAUGAAGAGCUGGCUACCCCUGGUUGCUGCUGUUCUUCUCUGGCCAGGCAGCUCUUCUCAAAAUGCAUGUGAAGAACCAGAGGACAUUGACUUUGGGGAAAUUGUAAGCAUUGAGAAAGCCAAAUAUCUGGAAAAUGACCGAGUGCAAUACAGUUGCAACCCAGCUUAUGUCUUGGAAGGAUCUGAAUGGAUUCAGUGUAAGGGUCAAAAAUGGACACCUCAUCCACCAAAAUGCUUGGCACCCUGCAGUAUCACAAGACAACAGCUAGCAACAAAAAAAUUGUUUGUGUUUGGGAGUCAAAGAAAAGCUCGGCUUAUUCAGAGUAAUCAUAAUGUGCAAUUUCAGUGUAAUGAAGGAUAUGUCCUCGUGGCUCCAUCUGUCAGAAAGUGUUUUGAUGGUUACAUGGAUUUCCCAUUAUGUAUCUCUGAAAGAGGGAAAAAUUGCAGUGGUCCACCAAGAAUUGAGAACGGAGACAUUAUUAGUUUAUCUGAGAAACUGUACAGAUCUGGCUCUUCAGUAGAAUUCAGAUGCCAAACAUAUUAUGCCAUGGAAGGCCAGAACAGAUCUUUUUGUGACAAUGGGACCUGGACAAAAGUGCCCA